CUUCACUCCACUGCGACUGCAGAACUCAGAGUGGCUUUUCCUCUGUGGCCAGUUAGAAAACCAGCAUCAUGAAGUGGAUGGUGGUGUUCUUGUUGUGCCUCCAGCUCCUGGAGGCGCAAGUGGUCAAAGUCUCCCUGAAGAAAUUUAAGUCUAUCCGUGAGACCCUGAAGGAGAAGGGCUUACUGGAGGAUUUCCUGAAGACGCACAAGUAUGACCCUGCUCAGAAGUACCGCUUCAGUGACUUCAGUGUGGCCGUAGAGCCCAUGGCCUACAUGGAUGCUGCCUACUUUGGUGAGAUCAGCAUCGGGACUCCACCCCAAAACUUCCUGGUCCUUUUUGACACCGGCUCAUCCAACUUGUGGGUGCCCUCCAUCUACUGCCAGAGCCAGGCCUGCACCAGCCACUCCCGCUUCAACCCCACCCAGUCCUCCACCUAUUCCACCAAUGGGCAGACCUUCUCCCUGCAGUACGGCAGCGGCAGCCUCACCGGCCUCUUCGGCUACGACACUCUGACUGUCCAGAGCAUCCAGGUCCCCAACCAGGAGUUUGGCCUGAGUGAAACUGAGCCCGGUACCAAUUUCGUCUACGCGCAGUUUGAUGGCAUCAUGGGCAUGGCCUAUCCCUCCCUGUCCAUGGGCGGGGCCACCACCGCCAUGCAGGGCAUGCUGCAGGAAGGCGCCCUCACCAGCCCUGUCUUCAGCUUCUACCUCAGCAAUCAGCAAGGCACCAGCGGGGGAGUGCUUGUCUUGGGGGGUGUGGACACAAGCCUGUACACGGGUCAGAUCUACUGGGCCCCUGUCACCCAGGAGCUCUACUGGCAGAUUGGCAUUGAGGAGUUCCUCGUUGGCGGCCAGGCCUCUGGCUGGUGCUCCCAGGGCUGCCAAGCCAUUGUGGACACGGGCACCUCUCUGCUCACUGUGCCCCAGCAGUACAUGAGUGCUCUUCUGCAGGCCACAGGGGCCCAGGAGGACCAGUAUGGACAGUUUGUUGUGAGCUGUGACAGCAUCCAGAGCCUGCCCACCUUCACCUUCAUUAUCAAUGGCGUGCAGUUCCCUCUGCCACCCUCCUCCUACAUCCUCAAUAACAACGGCUACUGCACCGUGGGAGUCGAGGCCACCUACCUGCCCUCCCAGAACGGCCAGCCCCUGUGGAUCCUCGGAGAUGUCUUCCUCAGGUCCUACUACUCCGUCUACGACUUGGGCAACAACAGGGUUGGCUUUGCCACUGCAGCCUAGACUUGCUGCCUGGACACCUGGGCUCCCUCCUUCUCAGCCCCACACCCUGCUGGGGGGUUCUCUCUGUCCUUCCACUCUGGAUUCAGCCUUCCUUUUCUGGACUUUCUCUGAUAAUAAAUAGUUCUCCU